UUGUCUCUGAUCAAAUAUUCUAUGACAUAGGAAUGUAAGGUUAUGUACUUUCGUAGUCUGACAUUAAUUUUUUCAAAAUUUUUAUCCGAAUCAGUGUUGAAUCGUAAUUUAAACGAGAAAAGCCAACAUGUCAGGUAGAAAAAAUGUCCAAGGAGGAUUUCAGGCGGAUUCUGACGUUUAUAUUACAUACGAUGAUCAACAGAAAAUUAAUAAAUUCGCAAGGCUAAAUGUGAAAUUACAUUAUUUUAAAACAGAAUUGAAAAUUAAGCAGAAUGAGUUGAAAAAUGUGGAAGAUGCUAGUGACGAAAUAGUCUUACUUGAUGAAGACGUGAAAAUACCUUAUUAUAUCGGCGAAGUUUUUAUUCAUGAAGAUUUGGAAAAAACACAGGGCUACUUAGAAGAUUUAAAAGACAAGAAAAAAACAGAAAUUUCGAAUUUGGAAAGCAAGUGUACUGACUUGGAGGGCAUUAUAAGUGACUUAAAAACUCAAUUAUAUGCAAAGUUUGGUAGUCGUAUAAAUUUGGAAGCGGAUGAAGAUUGAUCUAGUCAAGCAUGCAAAUGAUCAUUUCGUGAUACGGAAUAAGUUUUUUGUGCAUCUAUUCAUUUAUAAAUUCUCUAAUUCACAAAUUUGAAACUGCAUUUUAUUAUCCACAAUUUGUAUAGGUAAACAAUUUCACAUUUCACUUAUAUGUACGAUCAUGAAUGUUUGCACAUAUUAAUUGUUAUUAUGUGGUAAACUAUUAAUAAAUUUAUUACAAUCUUUUUA